AUGAGUAGCUUUCUGGCAGUGCUGCUUGUUGCUGUUACCGUUUCUACCGUUUGGUCACAGGACGCACUAACUGCAGAUGACCAGGCUGUAUAUGAUGACUAUGAUGAUGAUGCGAGAAGAUACUACGGUUAUGGUUCAAACGGCUAUGGACAGAAUGCGUACGGACAGGCUAGCUAUGGGCAGAAUAGUUAUGGUCAGUCAGGCUAUGGACACGCCGGAUACGGACAGGCUGGGUAUGGACAAGCUGGGUAUGGUCAGGCUGGAUAUGGACAGGCUGGAUAUGGACAGGCUGGAUAUGGACAGGCUGGAUACGGACACACCGGAUAUGGACAGGCUGGCUAUGGACAGUCAAGUUAUGGACACACUGGGUAUGGACAGGCUGGAUACGGACAGGCCGGAUACGGACAGGCUGGCUAUGGACAGGUUGGAUAUGGGUAA